AUGGCUUCGUACGUGGGGAGCCGCACCCUGAGCAAGGACGACGUGAACUACCGCCUGCACUUCCGCAUGAUCAACGAGCAGCAGGUGGAGGACAUCACGCUGGAGUUCUUCUACCGCCCGCACACCAUCACCCUCCUCAGCUUCACCAUCCUCAGCCUUAUGGCCUUCGCCUUCACCAGGGAUGAUUCUGUCCCAGAGGAUAAUAUUUGGAGGGGUAUCCUCUCUGUGAUUUUCUUCUUUCUGAUCAUCAGUGUUCUAGCUUUUCCUAAUGGACCCUUUACACGUCCUCACCCUGCAAUAUGGAGAAUGGUUUUUGGUCUCAGUGUGCUCUAUUUUCUGUUCCUGGUGUUCGUGCUCUUCCUUAACUUUGAGCAGGUAAAAGCAGUGAUGUACUGGCUGGAUCCUAAUCUUCGAUAUGCCACAAGGGAAGCAGAUAUUAUGGAGUAUGCUGUGAACUGUCAUGUUAUCACCUGGGAGAGAAUCCUCAGCCACUUUGAUAUAUUUGCUUUUGGGCAUUUCUGGGGCUGGGCUAUGAAAGCUCUGCUGAUCCGCAGCUAUGGGCUGUGCUGGACUAUUAGCAUCACCUGGGAGCUCACUGAGCUCUUCUUCAUGCACCUUCUGCCUAAUUUUGCUGAGUGCUGGUGGGAUCAAGUCAUUUUGGACAUCCUGCUCUGUAAUGGGGGUGGCAUCUGGUUGGGCAUGGUUGUUUGUCGUUUCUUGGAGAUGAGGACCUAUCACUGGGCAAGCUUCAAGGAUAUUCACACGACCACAGGGAAAAUCAAAAGAGCUGUAUUACAGUUCACCCCAGCCAGCUGGACCUAUGUCCGCUGGUUUGACCCAAAGUCUUCAUUUCAAAGAGUGGCUGGAAUCUACCUUUUCAUGAUCAUUUGGCAGCUAACUGAGUUGAACACUUUCUUUUUGAAACAUAUCUUUGUGUUCCAAGCAAGCCACCCUUUAAGUUGGGGGAGAAUUCUCUUCAUAGGAAUCAUUACAGCACCCACUGUAAGACAAUACUAUGCGUACCUCACAGAUACACAGUGCAAGAGGGUAGGAACUCAGUGCUGGGUGUUCGGGGUUAUUGCUUUCCUUGAAGCUAUUGUGUGCAUAAAGUUUGGACAGGAUCUUUUUUCCAAAACACAAAUACUGUAUGUUGUAUUUUGGCUUCUCUGUGUGGCCUUUACAACUUUCCUGUGUUUAUAUGGUAUGGUUUGGUACGCAGAAUACUAUGGCCACCGAGAAAAGACAUUGUCAGAAAGUGAAGACAGCCCAUACAGUCCAGAUGCUUCUUGGCUUCAUUCUAAAUUCAGUAAAGCAGGUUCUGAAAAUAGUCCACCAAAACAUUCAGUCAAUAGUGAAAGUCAUUCAUCUAGAAGGAGGAAUCGACACUCCAAAUCAAAAGUGACGAAUGGAAUUGGCAAGAAAUAAGAGUGGUCUCUGAAGAUAUCCAACAGUGUGACCAAAAGUGACAAAGAAAAUCAGACAUAGCUCUGAAUCUCCAAAUGGAAGAUUGGCUUCUAAAUUUAAAAGUUAGAAAAAGGAGGUGUUGAAGAAGAGAUAGAUAAAGAUGGAGCCACCAGUGUUGUGCAAAUCAUUGCCUGCUGACGUUUGCCAUUCACUGAUUUAAACCUAGUUUCUUCAGCAUGUGGCACCAAAAGCUAAUGAAGACUAUGCUGGAAAGAAACAUAAUUUUGUCAUAGCAGGUACACAUUGUUUUGUGUUCAAGUGUUGCAAGUGCAUUUUUAAUAUCUUAGUUGAGGAUGUAAACACAAUGAUUAGUAAACUGAUAAUCAGUUGACAUAGUAGGUUGGAUUGUUUUGUUUUGAUGUAGUUUUGUUGGUUUUGUAGACUAAUAUGCAGUCCUUUGACUAAAAGAAAAUUUGCCUUUCUUUCUCAGUUUCACUGCUAAACUUUUCUGUACAACAGUUAGUAAGUAUUGAAAAUUUCCGUACUUUAUCCAUCUGCUUACUUUUGUGUAAAGGCUCUUUGGACCUCAUGACAGGGAUUUACCCACAAAGAAAUGGGUCCAGGCUUCUUGUAAAGGAUGUGAAAUUCACCUUCAAAUGUGGUUCUUUUUGUUUUUCAUUGUCCUUCUGCUUGUUUGUUACACAUUCAGUUUCUCUUAAGUUUUUUAAAUACUUAUGAAAAACCUGUUGCAAAGUAGAGGGCCAUGCCUCUUGCCCUCAGAGACAGAUGUCAUGUCAUUUAGUUGUUUUAAUUCCUUUACUGCAGUGUUUUACAUCUUCAAAUGCAGAUAGGUGAUUUUUUUCAGUUGUGUCAUGUUAUGUACAAUGUUCCUUCCCACCCCUCUCUAAAUUGUUUCUGCUUCAGCUGGAACCAGAAAUCCCAGUGUCUUCAGACUGAUAGCAGAAACUGCUUUGAAGGCUCUGAUGCCCGUCUAAGCCUGGUGAUAAGGCAGUUUUUUGCUGAAGUCAAGUUGCUUACUACUGCCAAAACCAUAAUUUGUUUGUGAAAGCUGGCUAUAGUCUUUAGUAUCUGAGAGGCAGCAUGAUACUACUGUGAUAUAUUCUAUUGCUUUGUUAUUGUCAUUCGGUCAGAUACCCUACAGCGAAGUCACUCUCUUGCAGGUUUUUUUUGGUUUUGUUUUGUUUAUUUGUUGUUGUUGGGGUCUUUUUUAAUGUAUUAAUUCUGACAUCUGGCAAAGUGGUUAAUUCUCCAGCAGUGAACAUAAUCAUUAAGUCAAGAGGCAAACAAUCAAGAGCAAUCAGUUCCUGUAUUAGGUUAUCUAAACGUUUUUGUGCCAAUUAGAGUCUGAGAUUCAUGGGGUUCAGAGGGGUAGAUAGUGUAAGCAGUGAUAAUUAAUACCCACUAGUCACUUAGUCUUCAUAAGAAAAUGGGAUUUCCUUUUUCUGUGAAUGUUACUGUGAUUUGCCACAGACUAAGUAUUAAAAAAUGUGCAGCAAAGACUUUAUACAAGUGUAUGAUACUGUAAAUAGAAAAAAAAAAUAUCCUGUGUAAUCCAUUAAUCCCUAUGUGCCACAGAUUAUCAAUGUUUUCAAUGCACUUAAGUGUUGCUGCUGAAUUCACCAGAGGCCCUUUAUUUCCUGUCCUCCUUUUCAAUCAACCCUGAAGUGUUCAACUUGGAAAGUAACAAGGUAGAAGCUGCUAGAUCAUCAUUGCUACAGUGAUGUUAAUUGUUACAUAAGAAAAGAAUGUUAAGACUUUCAGGCUUUCCUACAACUGCUUGUUUUUUUCCAUGCUAUAGCAAUUCCUCCAUGCAUUAUAUCCUUAUUUGUAAUGUGUUAUAUAUUGAUGAAUGUAUUUGUAGAUUUCAUUGGAUACUUAGACUUCUUUUAUUUUCUUGUUUAAUAACUCAGUCUGUGUAAGACUGAAGAAUGGCAUUGUAAAAUUUCUGUUGAUUCAAUACCAAAGCAAGAGGUUGGAAGUCUCAUGGUUUAGAUAUUUUAAGUACUGUGAUUUUCUAACGUGACAGCCUGUUUGUACUUGCAAGUAGUAUCCACACCAACCAUGUAUGCAGAGCUUACAUGUGUAAGCAGAUGCUGAAGUACAAUAUAUAGUUGCCUGUGGGGACAAACACACAUUUUGUAAAUGCAGACCUGGUGCUCACACUGCUAAAUUGCACCCUAAAAAUACUGGAAAGGCAAAUAUGAAGUGUCAUCUGGUUGGAAGCUGAAUAGCGUGCAGCAGUUUGGCCUUGAAAAGUGUUGUUUGACAACACAUUUAAGAAUAUUUCCCA